GAGGGGAGCACUUUGCUGAUGUCCAGCCUGGAGGCACAAAGAAGUGGAUUGCAUGGUUGCUUUUGGAGGGGUGCGCAUGGGUGCGCAUGUGACUGGCGGUCAAAGGCAGGUCUGCAACCGCUGAAGCUGGAGACAAGGCACCCUUGUCCUCUUUUCCUCUUUGCUCCGCUUCUUUCAAGAGAGAGCAGUCUUGAAAGGAUCACCUGCAAGAUCCUCCCUAGCUGGAAGGUUGUCUUCAAGCGGGCAUGUGCCAUCUAUUGCUCGCACAGUCAUAGCAUUGUCCAUGCCCUUCUUUCCUUGGGGAGCUGCACAUCUGACACAGCAUUGUCAUUGCAAGAUAGGACAUUUCCCGGAAACUUCUUGUAGUUGGGAGCGGCCGCAUGGGGUUUUAUGUUGGGAAACACACCGCACCAUAGAUCUAGUCUGUUUCGCAGCUGCCCUAAGUGUCACAAGGGCCCAAGAAGGCAGCGCGGUGCGUUCUAGACGUUGGGGGGCAUUGCUUCAGUGACACGCUUUGGGCUCCACUCAGUCACACUCUCUGCAAGCCGUGUGUUCAAAAGAUCGCUGAGCUCCGAGGCUCUUCAAGUAGUUUCAAAAAAGUAUGAACGUGGUCAGAGCUAGAUAAGUCCCUGUCCAGCUAGGUUGACAGUACUUGCAGCGACUCCGUAAGCCAAGGGGUAGCUGCCUAAGUAGAGGGUUCAGGAUCAAAAGUAAAAGGGAUCAGCAGCAUAACCACAGGGUCUAGCAGCGGAUCGAGUGCAACAAUGCUCCGUCCGCGGCCAAACCGACUGGCCCCGCUCCAUCUGGGUGAACGCUCGCUGAAUACCAUGGAAAACGACGAAAACUGCGACCCGCGCCCUAACCUGCACCGAACCCUCUCCAAAACCCGGUCUAACCCCGACGCGCCCCAAGCAAAGCAGCGCAGGCUCAAGAGAGCGCCAGACAGUGUCUCAAGUGUCCCAACUAGUAGCGGCAUGCGCAAUGACGAGGGGGUUAGGGGGAUCCCUUCGACAACAACGGCGCUUCCUGAUCUGCCCUACUACGUUCUGUUUCACAUGCUGAGCACGUCGGAGAUCGGGGGCCGGGACUUGGCGUGCUUGGAGAGCGCGGGGUAUGCUUUUCGGAGGGCCGCGGACCAGACACCGUAUCGGUACCGCUCGAUUGCAGAGAUGGCUGCUUAUGAGCAGUGCCAGAGAAGGCCCUGGCUCAAGCAACUCCCCGAGAAGGUCCAGCUCGCCCUCUUCCACCGCUGCAACCGCAGUUGGAAACGGGUCCUCGCUUACAUCGGCGCAGUGGGCAGCUCGACCAACACUGAUGACCGAUUCUCGGGCGGGCAAGUUUCCUCCGGGCAGUACCAUAAUGUGGCAGUCACUGCGAAGGGGGCCGUUUACACUUUUGGGGGAACGGAGGAGGGCUGCCUCGGCCGGGGCAGUGUGAACGGGGGAGGAAACAUGCCGCGGCCGGUUCCAGCAUUGCGCAGGAUACGAGUGUUGCAGGUGUCGGCAGGCCAGUCGCACACCGUCCUCGCAACUAGCAGCGGCGAGCUGUAUACCUUCGGGCUGAACCAGUUCGGGUGCUGCGGGCACGGGUCCUUGGAGAAGCACCUCGUUCACGAGCCGCGCCUAGUUACCGGCAUGGGGGGGGCGAAGGCGGCGCGCGUGUCCGCAGGCAUGGCGCACACAGUGGUCGCUACGGAUCAGGGAAAGCUGUACACUUUCGGACGCGGCAUCUUCGGGCGCCUCGGACUGGGCACCGAAGCGGACGAGGCCUUUCCGCAGCUCGUCCAAGAUUCCGACCUCGACGACGAGUUCGUAACCCAGGUUUCCGCGGGGGUUAGCCAUACGUUAAUCGUAACCCGGGCCGGUAACCUCUUCUCGUGCGGGUACGGGUUGAAAGGGCGGCUGGGCCAUGGGGGGGAGGUGAACGAGCUGCGGCCGCGGUUAGUGGCGGGUUUGCAGGAGGCGGGGGCCCACGUCAUGCAGGCGUCAGCAGGCCCUGAGCACUCCGGCGCCGUGACUGCGGACGGGCGCGUUUACACCUGGGGCGGCGGCUGGUGCGGCUGCCUGGGCCACGUGGCCGAGGAAAACGAGCUGGCGCCGCGGGAGGUGGAGGGACUUGGAGACGUGCUGGCGGUGCAGAUCAAAGUGGGCAAGCGGAAGACGUUCGUCGUAUCAGACGUGGGGAAGCUAUGGGCUUUCGGGUGGAGCGCCCUCGGAAGCCUCGGCUAUGGCGAGACCGGCUUUGAUAAGGUGCCCCAUCCGACGGUGGCAGCGGCGCUAGUCGGAAGCAACGUCGUACAGGUGGCCGCCGGACUGUACCACACGCUCGUUGUCACGCGGGCUGGGGACUCUGCGCGAGUCCUCUCCUUCGGCGACAACGAGAAGGGGCAACUAGGGGUGGCGAGCACGCAGCUCCCGACCUCGCUGGCGCCGUGGGAACUAGAGGGGCUCGAAAUGAGGGGCUGACAUCAGUAGCCGGGAUGAGAAGGGGCAAUUAGGGGUGGCAAGCACGCAGCUCUCGGCCUCGCUGGCGCCUUGCGAACUAGAGGGGCUCGAAAUGAAGGGCUGACGUCGGAUAGCCGGUUCAAAGUCGUAAAGUUGCUCGGGGGAAAGCAUGGAGUAAAACCGAAUGAUUGACGCUCGUUAUGAGGGUUUCGUGUACAGAUAUUGCAUCUAGGAACUUGUACUCAUUUCACAAGAAUAGAGCUAGAAGUAGGUCGUGUAGCAUGGUAGUAUUGAUAUAGAUGGAAGCGUACCCUUGGUCGCUUCCUCAAUCAGUGUCGAGUUGACGCAGAGCAGCAACAUCCUUGUUAGUCAGGUGACAAUUCAUACACUCGUAAGCCGCUUCUACGGAGUCCGCGCCGUAGCUGGAGUGCGCUACAGCUCUUAAUAUGGUUCCCUUAAAAAUCUUUAAGCUGGCUGCAUUAUGUUCCGAC